CUUCCUCGUUCAGCCGCCGUCGAGCUCGCGAUCUCCCUCCGCUUCCGUGCUCGAUCGCCUCCCGUCGGCGGCCGGUGACCGGAGACAGCCGCGAAGAACGAUGAGCGGCGAGGACGGCGGCGCGUGGCGAAUCGUCCACGUCCCCGGUCGGCCGCCGGUGCCGCCUGAUCAGCAGCUCACAGUGAACGUGGUCGCCGCUCAGAUUGAGCAGCCGAAGCUCACGAACACAAUCAUCAGGCGUUUGAGUCAAAUUGCGCCGUUGGAGGACCUCCACCACGUGAAGCGGGUGAAGAAGAAGUGUAUCGAAGGAGGACAAAUUCAGCUAUCAGUAAUCUUAUGCCUGGCUCCCGAAAAUGGUGAUUUUGAUGGAAUUCCAUGUGACGUGAAGGAUGUAAUUAAUUCUUAUCAGUUGAGUCCUUUUGUGGCAAAAGUCUGUAAAUAUGCUGCAUCGUCAAAGGAAGAGUGGGUAGAACAGUGCAAGCUAUGGCCCACCUCAUACCAUCCACCAACCUACAAUAUCAGUGGCAUAACUGGGUUUAGUGAAGAAGACUCACAAUCGGUUGUAAGUUUUAUGAAGUAUGCUCUGGAAUUGGCAAAAUCUCAUGGUAAUGUGGUUGUCAAUGCUGCAGCAAUUGUAGAUCCUCUAUCUAACCAAGUGAUUGCAAGGGCACGUGAUGAAGUCUGCUCUUGGCAAACUCCAAAAACAGAAGCCAGUGCUGAAUGUGGUUCCUCAGGUGGACCAAGGCAAGUCGAGACAUCCAUUUCUUGUCUACAUCCACAGUGGUGGGUAAAUGAACAGACUGGCAGGAGCUCUUCAUUUUGUCACCCAUUGCGACAUGCUGCGAUAGUGGCAAUUGAAUCAUCUGCUGCCAGGGACAGACGCUUAUUCCCUGAUGUGAGAUACAAAGAUGAAUCUACCAUAGAGGAGUGUGUUCUAUCUCCUGCAAACUCUCAAGCAAAAAGACAGAAAACUGAUGCCAAUGACGUCGACAAUGAUGACAAAAAUGAUACUGCUUAUGGAAAUGGUGAUCUCUCUAGUAGACCAUAUUUAUGCACUGGCAAUGACAUCUACCUUGUUUGGGAGCCAUGUACAAUGUGUGCGAUGGCACUUGUGCAUCAGAGAAUCAGGCGUGUGUUUUACGCUUGUCCAAAUCCAAGUGCGGGAGCAUUGGGCAGCGUUCACCGCCUACAGGGGGAAAAAAGCUUGAAUCAUCACUAUGCAGUGUUCAGGGUUGUGGUGCCACAGGAUGUCCUUGACAAAGUCGAAUUGUCGAUGAUAUCUGGGAGCUGAGAAUGAGAAAGUCGAGUUGAGGAUGCCUCAAAUUUUGCAGGAAGAAUAUGAGCAAGGAACUACAGAGAUGGUAUUGCGAUUGAAUAAGCAUCUGAAAGACUUGCUGGAUGGCUUUGGAGACUACGAGCGACGACUUGCGAGGAUAGCAUGUUGCUCAGCCCCAUUAUCAUGUAUGUUAUGGCCUCUUGACCCUUUCUUGAGAUGUCUUGUUGAGUUGCUGAAUUGCCCACUAGCUUGAAAUUGGGCUUUAGGCUCGGGCAACAACUUCGAAAGACCCGGUCUGUAACCUAUUCUUCAAGCACAAGUUUUAAGCAAAGCCAAAGAAACUUCCGUCGGGAAAAA